AUGGAAAAACCAAAUAUUUUUGCUAAACUUCAACUGAUUCAAACCGAAAUAAAAGAACUGAUUCGCACCGAAGAAAAUAAAUUUCAAAAAUAUUUUUUUUUUAAUGAAUUACAAGUCUUACAUUUAUUAAAGCCUUUAUUAAAUAAAUAUAAAUUAACUAUUCUGUUAAGCGACGAUACCUCUCAACCUUUCAUCCACGAAAAAGAAGGCAAAGAACAUUUUAUUAAAUAUUUAAAGAAAUUGGAAAUAAUUGAUAUCGAAGCACCCCAAAAUAAACUAUUUUUUAAUUUUUGGGCUUGUGGUAGUAAUGUAGACUUAGCCAAAGCCAAAGGAGCAAGUGAAACUUAUGCCCUGAAAUAUUUUUUAAGUAAGUUGUUUUUAAUGCCGGUUAAAGACGAAGCCGACCCUGAUUAUCAGCCUCGCCAGCAAAAAGAAGAAACUAAUCCCGGAGGAAAAAAAGCGGUAAAUGAUUUUUUAAAAAAACAUGGCUGA